UGUUCAUUCAUAUAAUAAAAGUCUUAACACCUUGUGUUCCAAGAAAAGACUUUUUUUUAAAAAAAUCGUUUUGCAUCCAAGUUAAAUACUAGUAUAUAAUAUUAGCUACUACUGAAUGUGUGAUGCAAUAAUUUUGUUUCUGUGUAAUAAAAUCCUUAUUUGAAAGGGGAGUUGGACGGCAGCCUGUAGGAGUACUUGGGCGGCAGCAGAGAGAGAGAGCGCGCGCUUGCAAAUCCCCAUUCCCCUGUAGAGUCCCAGUAGAUUAGAGAGCAAGUAAUCAUUUCCCACAAGCAAAUUCAAGCCUUACACAGUGCACUGUCCCAAAAAGCAGGAGCCCAUAACAAUAACAACACAACAACCCACUUUUGACAAAUAGGUAACUCAUAACCUCAACUACUGUUAAGUCAGUCUGACGGAGAAGAAACUCAGAUCAGUAAAAUGCUACUGAUCUUCAGGUCUGAGUAUUAGCCUGCCGCCGGAGGUCUAAAUUGGUGUUGUGACAAACGAAUUUACUCUUUUAACAUCGGAACAGCUAUGGCUGAAGGGAACAGUUUGAAUGGAAAUUCAGGACUCAAUGAAGCCUCCUCAUCAUCAGGAGGGCAAAACAAUACAAGCCAGCAGGAUUCAGACAAGACCAAACAAGCAGAGAACACUAAUACAGUUCCCUUUUACAAGCUCUUCUCCUUUGCUGAUUCCACUGAUCUAGUUUUGAUGAUCACUGGAACUAUUGCAGCUAUUGGCAACGGAUUGUCCCUGCCCAUUAUGACAAUUCUUUUUGGAGAAUUGACAGACUCCUUCGGACAAAACCAAAAUAACAAAGAUGUGCUUCGCGUAGUCUCCAGGGUCUCGCUAAAAUUUGUCUACUUAGCUUUGGGAUGUGGGGCUGCUGCAUUUCUUCAGGUCGCUUGUUGGAUGAUCUCCGGUGAAAGACAGGCUUCUCGAAUAAGGAGUCUCUAUCUAAAAACUAUUUUGCAACAAGAUAUUGCUUUCUAUGAUAAGGAAACAAAUACGGGAGAGGUGGUUGGGCGGAUGUCUGGUGACACUGUUCUUAUACAAGACGCAAUGGGCGAGAAGGUAGGGAAAUUUGUACAGCUGAUAUCAACGUUCAUUGGGGGAUUUGUCAUUGCAUUUACCAAAGGCUGGCUUCUCACACUUGUCAUGUUAUCCGCCAUUCCUCCACUUGUCAUAUCUGGUGCAGCGAUGUCCCACGUUCUAUCUAGGAUGGCGUCCAGUGGACAAGAUGCUUACGCCAAGGCUGCAACGGUGGUUGAACAGACAAUUGGAUCCAUUAGAACGGUUGCAUCAUUUACAGGGGAGAAGCAAGCUGUGGCCAACUAUAACGAGUCCCUAAUUAAAGCUUACCAUUCAGGUGCUAAUGAAGGGCUGGCAACUGGAUUAGGUCUGGGCUCACUUUUUGCUAUUAUAUACUGCAGCUACGCUUUGGCUAUUUGGUAUGGUUCAAAGCUCAUCUUGGAAAAAGGAUAUACUGGUGGUCAAGUUAUCAAUGUAAUUAUUGCUGUGUUAACUUCUUCCAUGUCCCUGGGGCAGGCAGCUCCCUGUAUGUCUGCAUUUGCUGCAGGUCAAGCAGCAGCUUUCAAGAUGUUUGAAACCAUAAAGAGAAAGCCGGAGAUUGAUGCUUAUGAUACCAAUGGAAAAAUAUUGAACGACAUCCGUGGUGAUAUUGAAUUGAAUGGUGUGUGCUUCAGUUACCCAGCCAGACCUGAUGAGCAAAUAUUCGGUGGAUUUUCACUAUUUGUACCAAGUGGCACAACUGCAGCUUUGGUUGGGCAAAGUGGAAGUGGGAAGUCAACAGUCAUAAGUCUGAUAGAAAGAUUUUAUGAUCCUCAAUCUGGUCAAGUUCUGAUUGAUGGAAUUAAUCUCAAGGACUUCCAGCUUAAGUGGAUCAGGGGAAAGAUUGGUCUUGUGAGCCAAGAACCCGUACUUUUCACAACAAGCAUUAAGGAAAAUAUUUUGUAUGGCAAGCACGAUGCUACUGCUGAAGAGAUCAAAGCUGCAACUGAGUUAGCAAAUGCCGCAAAGUUCAUAGAUAAACUCCCACAGGGUCUAGACACCAUGGUUGGAGAACAUGGAACUCAACUUUCUGGUGGGCAAAAGCAAAGAAUUGCCAUUGCAAGAGCAAUUUUAAAAGAUCCACGGAUAUUACUAUUAGAUGAAGCAACAAGUGCAUUAGAUGCAGAAUCUGAGAGAGUUGUACAAGAAGCAUUGGAUAGAAUUAUGAUCAACAGAACAACCAUCAUAGUUGCACAUCGAUUGAGCACAGUAAGGAAUGCUGAUAUGAUUGCAGUCAUUCAUCGGGGAAAAGUUGUUGAAACAGGCACACAUUGCGAACUACUCAAGGAUCCUGAGGGAGCGUAUUCUCAGCUUAUUCGCUUACAAGAAGUGAACAAAGAAACAGAAAAAUCAGGCUUAGAUGAGAGGGAAAGAUUAGAUAAGUCUAUGGGAUCUGAUAGACAGUCAAGUCAAAGAAUGUCACUAUUACGAUCCAUCAGCCGGAGUUCAUCUGGCGUAGGAAAUAGCAGCCGCCGUUCACUAUCCAUCUCAUUUGGUUUACCUACUGGACUUAGUGUACCUGAAACAGCUAACACAGACACAGAAACGGGUAUCCAGGAAGUAGCUGAAAAGCCGUUAAAGGUCCCCAUCCGUCGCCUAGCCUAUCUUAACAAGCCUGAAAUACCUGUGCUUAUCAUUGGAACUGUGGCUGCAAUAAUUAAUGGUGCUAUACUUCCAAUUUUCGGAAUCUUAUUCUCUAGCGUGAUCAAAACAUUUUAUGAGCCACCGCAUGAACUAAGGAAGGACUCAAGGUUUUGGGCUCUUAUGUUUGUUCUUCUUGGAGGUGUAACUUUAAUUGCAUUUCCUGCAAGGACAUAUCUUUUCAGUAUAGCUGGUUGUAAGUUGAUAAGAAGAAUUAGAUCAAUGUGCUUUGAGAAGGUGGUCCACAUGGAGGUAGGAUGGUUUGAUGAAUCUGAGCACUCCACUGGAAUCAUUGGUGCUAGGCUUUCUGCUGAUGCAGCCACAGUGCGUGGUUUAGUAGGAGAUGCACUUGCUCAAAUGGUCCAAGAUAGUGCAACAGCAAUUGUAGGCUUAGCUAUUGCUUUUGAAGCGAGUUGGCAGUUGGCGCUUAUCGUUCUUGCUAUGAUACCUCUAAUUGGAUUAAAUGGAUAUGUCCAAAUCAAGUUCAUGACAGGGUUCAGUGCAAAUGCAAAGGUGAUGUACGAGGAAGCAAGUCAAGUUGCGAAUGAUGCUGUUGGAGGUAUAAGAACUGUUGCUUCAUUUUGUGCAGAAGAGAAGGUGAUGGAAAUAUACAGAAGAAAGUGUGAAGGCCCAUUGAAGGCAGGAAUCAAGCAAGGUUUGAUUAGUGGGAUUGGGUUUGGUGUAUCAUUUGCUUUGCUGUUUUGUGUAUAUGCAACCAGUUUUUAUGCGGGAGCUCAUCUUGUUCAGGAUGGCAAAAUCACUUUUUCAGACGUUUUCCGUGUUUUCUUUGCUCUGACGAUGGCAGCUAUAGGAAUUUCCCAGUCAAGCUCAUUGGCUCCAGAUUCAAGCAAGGCCAAGAGUGCUGCUGCUUCCGUAUUUGCUAUUCUAGACAGGAAAUCAAAAAUAGAUCCAAGUGAUGAUUCUGGUAUGACACUGGACACUGUGAAGGGAGAUAUUGAGCUGAAGCACGUAAGCUUUAAGUAUCCAACAAGGCCAGAUAUUCAAAUUUUAAGAGACCUUUGUUUGACCAUUCACAGUGGGAAGACGGUUGCUUUGGUUGGGGAGAGCGGAUGUGGAAAGUCAACCGUAAUAUCUUUGCUGCAAAGGUUUUAUGAUCCUGAUUCAGGCCAGAUUUUGUUGGAUGGAAUAGAGAUUCAGAAGUUCCAGGUAAAAUGGUUUAGGCAGCAAAUGGGGCUUGUAAGCCAAGAGCCAGUGUUGUUCAACGACACAAUCCGAGCCAAUAUUGCAUAUGGAAAGGAAGGAAAUGCAACUGAAGCUGAAGUUUUAGCAGCAGCCGAAUUAGCAAACGCCCACAAGUUCAUCAGUGGUCUGCAACAGGGUUAUGAUACGACAGUGGGAGAGCGAGGAACUCAGCUGUCAGGUGGGCAAAAGCAACGAGUGGCUAUAGCGAGGGCCAUAUUGAAAAAUCCAAAAAUCUUACUAUUAGAUGAGGCAACGAGUGCAUUGGAUGCAGAAUCAGAGAGAAUAGUUCAAGAUGCACUUGACCGGGUGGUGGUAAAUCGUACAACUGUGGUGGUUGCACAUAGAUUAUCCACCAUCAAAGGAGCAGAUGUAAUUGCUGUGGUAAAAAAUGGAGUUAUUGUGGAGAAAGGGAAACACGAUACUCUUAUCAAUAUCAAAGAUGGUUUUUAUUCCUCUUUGGUUGCCCUCCACACCAGUGCUUCCUAGUUCUACUACUGCUUGGUCUCUUAAUUAGUAAUUAAUACUUGUAUUUAUUUUUAAUUUUGUUAUUUUUCUAUUUCUUGCCAAGUCUUGUAAAGUCUUGCAUUAUCCAUUUACAAAUGAGAGAAGCAAGUUAAUGUCAUGAUGUGUUGUGUUAAA